CCCCCUCCUUCCUCCUCUCUCACUCCGUUUGCAUUGUGGUUGUGCUCCGUGCCGGCCAGUUUACCCGCGGUCUCCCUCUCGAGGUGUUUGUCCUGCGUGCCGGCGCGGUGCUCAGUGCGCUGCGUGUGCCCGUGGUUGUGCCCCGUGGUUGUGCUCCGUGUCGGGCAGUUUACCCGCGGUCUCCCUCUCGAGGUGUUUGUCCUGCGCCCCGGCGCGGUGCUCAGUGCUCUGCGUGUGUCCGUGGUUGUGCUCCGUGGUUGCGCUCCGCGGUUGUGCUUCGUGGUUGUGCUCUUGUGUGCUCGGUGUGUUGUGCGGCGUGUUUCUUUGUGCCAUGCGGUUGGAUAAACUGUCCCGCGGAUUACUGAAGCUCGCUGCAUUGAGCCGCGACGGCGAAGGUCUGGGUCGCGGCCGGUCAUGUUGAGGACCCGCCGCGGCCGUCCCCGGUGAAUCCCCCGCCCGGGAGGAUCCUCCCCCGCGGCUGAUCCCCACGCCCCCCGCGAUCCCCCUCGCGGCGGGCCGGUCGGGCCCACCCGGCCAUGGAGUACGACUGGCACCUUGCCGAAGACAACCCCUCGGGCGAGGAGCGCUGCCGGCGGCUGCAAGACCGGAACGCCUUCGAGGGCAUCGAGAACGACGGCAUUGAUUUCUGUGAACUCGAAAAGUACAUCAAUGAAGACGCCAGCGGAACGUACUUUGAUGACACCCUGGCGACCAGCGAUGUGGCCCGCGCCCACGCGGCCGUCGUGGCCGCGGCCCCCGGCGACGACCUGGGGCAGCCGCUGGCGCCACCGCCGCAGCCGGACUCCAACAAGACCUUCGUGGCGGGCGUGUACGUCAUCCCCUCACACGGCCUGCCCGAGAGCCCGCCGGACUCCGGGUCCGAGCCUCCGUACUCGCCCCAGGAUCACGGAGGACAGUCACCACAUCAGCGGCUGAGCGCGGGGAGGGCGCACACCCUGCAGGACAUCCUCAUCCACCCCAUGUACCCCGUGCACCAGCCGCUGGCCGGGCCGUUGUCCGGGCCGCUGGCCGGGCCGCUGGUGGCCGGGCAGCACCUCGUCGACCUGCCGCCCGCGGGCCUGUCCGCGGGGCUGCCGGCGGGCCCGACGCACACGCUCCACCUCCAGGGCGCCGGCGGGGAGAUGAUCCUGGUGCAGCACCCCGUCGUACCCGCCGGCCUGCCGCCCGCCGUGGCCUCCCCUCCCCUGGCCAUGCACGGCGACGGCCAGUCCGUCGUGUACCCGGGGCUGGCCGGCGGUGGCGGCGCCGUGGCCUCCAGCCCCGUCCUGCCCACCAAGAAGAGGAAGCUGUCGCAGGACGGCCGCAUCCACGUCAAGACUGAGCCCGGCAUGGCGGGUGGGUGUGGCGACGUCCUCGAGGACGUUCUCUCGUCGCCGUCCUCGCGUGUCCGGGACCACGUCCUCACCGCGCGCUCCGUUCCAGAGAUGUCCCCCGACCCCAGCUCCAACCAGACGGGCGCCCUCGAGGAGGACUACGGCCUGGACUGCGACAACCCGUACGCAGACUCGAGCAUGCAGUGCAUCCGCUUCAGCGCCUUCGAGCCCGAGAACUGGCACGUGCUCAUCGACGGGAACCUCAGCGAGCUGUGA